AUGACGAGCCAAGUAGCGGAAAACUUCACAAAAUACUUUGAAAAUUGGAUGAUCCAACUUGAAGAGUUGCUGAAACAACUCGUUAUUGUACCUAGGGAGACGUCAUACGUGAAUGAUCACGAGUUAUUGGUGAGUAAAAUGACGACACAUCACAAGAACUACUACACAGCCAAAUGGGCCGCAGCUCAUGAAGACAUCUUAGCAUUUUUCACUCCAAUGUGGCUUAGUCCUUUAGAAAUCGUCUACUCGUGGAUCACAGGGUGGAAGCCUUCCAUGGCGUUUCGAUUAGUGAGUGGCGGUGGAGGAGCGUUUUCGGAUGAGGAAUUGAAGAAUAUUGAUGGUUUGAGGGUGAAAAUUCGCGGAGAGGAAGAGAAAGUGGAGAGGGAAAUGGAGAGGCAACAGGUUGCAAUUGGGGAUAGAAAAAUGGUGGAAUUAGCAAGGAUUAGAAAUGAUAAUGAUGAGUUGGUAGAAUUGGCGUUGAAAGGGUUAAGGAUGAGUUUAGAAAGGGUUAUGAAAAUGGCAGAUUGUGUUAGGCUUAAAACGUUGAAAGGUUUGUUGGAGAUAUUGAGUCCUUUACAGAGUGUUGAUUUCUUGGCUGCUAUUUCUACUAUUCAAAUUCAGAUGAGGAAAAGGGGAAGAAAAAGAAUAAAUGUUGAUUAG